AUGGGGCCCCUGGACAAUAGGGGAUCAUGGGGCCCCUGUGUCCUUGCCCAAACUCAAAAAAGCCUAUGAAAAAGGUAAGAGGGGCAUCUCAUGGGGCCCCCCUACUGUCCCCGGGCCCUCGGGCAGUGCCUGAGUUUCCAAAUGGUCAGUCCGCCCCUGGCAUCCCCUUACUCUCCUGUGCAAAACACUUGUUCCCUGUGAAAACCUUGAAUUCCAGUUCAAAAACGUGAAAUCAGAUUUGUGUUUUUGUCACAGCU